ACAGUGAACGUGGUUCAGUUCAUUGUAGGUUGUGAAUUUCGUGGGGAGUGUUGCUUUUUACGUGUCACUUUGUUGCAUUUUCGGUCGUAUAACGAAAAGACGAAUAGAGUCAUAUAUUAAGUAUUUCGUUUUGAUAUCCACGAAUCUUUUGAAAAUCGUACACAUAGGCAACAGGUGUCUAAUGCAGCACAUGUUUCUCGUCUCGUCGUUAAACAAUUGAAACACUCAUGCGACUUGCGUAGUAGACAAACCGUUAACAGUUUCUAACAAAGUGACGUGUGUUCGAAUCAUGCUGGGAAGUAACACCGGAAUUUUGAGACCGAGUAUUUCUUUCGAUAAAGUUCUCUGCUAAUAGCGCGAUAGGAAUUGUGUUCUAUUUUAAUUAUCAAUCUACGAAAAUGCAAUACGAUUAUCUUAUUAAGUUUUUGGCCCUUGGAAACUCCGGGGUCGGCAAGACGAGUUUUUUGUACCAGUAUACCGAUGGCACAUUCGAUUCCCGUUUCAUGUCCACAGUUGGUAUCGAUUUUAAGGAAAAACGUGUGAUAUACCAGACAGCAAAUGGUAGGACUCAACGGGUGCACUUGCAGCUGUGGGACACAGCUGGUCAAGAGCGGUUCAGAAGUCUAACAACAGCCUUUUACCGGGAUUCUAUGGGAUUCCUUCUUAUUUUUGAUCUGACCAAUGAGAUAUCAUUCCUUGAAGUCAGAAAUUGGUUGGAACAACUUAGGACUCAUGCAUAUUGCGAAGAUCCGGACAUAAUUCUCUGUGGAAACAAGUCCGAUCUCGAAGACAAACGGGUUGUUAGCGAAGACAAGGCCCGGGAAUUAGCAGAGAAGCACGGGCUGGUGUACCUGGAAACGAGCGCAGCCACGGGCCAAAACGUGAUGCGUGCCGUGGAAAUACUUCUAGAUCGGGUGAUGAGUAGAAUGGACACCACCGUGGACAAGUCGUUGCUGCCACAUCAGCGAGUUUUGCGAUGUCACGAGCGCGACACUCCACCUCCGAGCACUUCUUGCUAUUGCUGACAUUGUCCUUACACGUAGCUGAAUAAAUUGCCUCGUCCAGAGUUCGAACGAAAUUGGAUAACUCGCAUUUUAUUCAGCUAACAACAAGGCAAUAGCGAAUGUUGUAUUUGAAUCUCUUAUCGUUUGAACCAGUUCGAAUGUUACUUCGACACAUGCGCGUGGAACGUUGAUUAUCCUGAACAGUUCAGGGACACCUUGGUGAACCAUUAUAUUUGUUCAAUUUUUAGUUACAGUUUUAUCUUCUUAGACACACCUAGUAAGGUGUUAAGACGCCUGUAGAAGUACUUUUGUACGUCCAUCAAGAAAUAUGGCGCGAAAGAAACGGUUCUGGACGCAUGUACGAGUCAAUUAUCUUGUAAAACGAGCACUUAGCAGAAAAGGGAACUAUUGGACAAGAACAGAAAAUUACGGCGUUUCGUAUUGGAUCUACUAGUGGACUCCUCGGUAAGAUUAUUCAAGUACAUUCUUUUUUACAUGCGUCUACAAUUUGGUAACAGUCUUCUGUAUAUGGAGUCUUUAGAUCAAACUUAGCAGCUAGAUAAAUCUCAAUAGUAACCACAUUUAUGUGCCAGAAAGUGAAUUUGAAUAAGGUUGUAAUGGUUGUGAUUGAUUUUUACGGGUAGUCAAUGUUCUACCGUAUUUCUAGAAAAGUGGGUAUCGGUAUCGUUCGCUAACGAUGCAGAGACCUGUCACGUUAAUUACACAUCCGUGCAUCAGUGUACACCGAAACCAAUUCGCGAUGUUUCACGCAUCCACGCACAUACGGUCGUCUUCCAUUACCAUUUCCCUUGGUACAAGACUAUUCUCGAUGCAUACGUGUUGCCUUUCAUUCUCCGCGAUAAUGCGAUUUACCUGUUAAUGUUGUACGCACAAGGUGUUCAGUAUAUAUGUACACACAUGUAUAUCAUUCUCUCUUCACUCGCCAAAGAUUGUGAUACAAUGGCUAUGACUUAGGGAAACACUGAGGCAUUAGAGUUCAGUGAUUUUCGACUAUAUCUAAUGUAUUUUUGAUGCUGUUAUUGUGUCUAACCAAAAAUUCGUACACCUAGUCAAAAGUAUCGUGUACUGAAAAUACAAUCAAAGCGUUAUUUGUCGCGCGCGACAUCUUUUACCCGUUCGUGCGACACCUGUUUCUAUUGUCGUCGUACCGAAUACCGAUGAUCGUUCAUACCUUCUUGCCAAGUUUUAACGCGAUAGACGUUACAUAGAUACGUCUACCGCGAGUACGAUCGGUAUAGUUAUACGAAUACGUGUUAUUUCUCCUGACUUUUAUACAUAUUCCGCGUGUCUAAGUUAAGGAGAGCCAAAAGACGUUUGUAUGAGAUGUGCAAAUGACGAAAGGCAUUGGUCUACCCUAUUGAAUUUGAAAAAUAAUAGCCUUUUGGAUUAUAAAUUGCGUGACUGUUAGAGAAAUAGUUUUAGGGGUAACAGUCGCUCGUAUCUGACAAAAAUGAAAUCUUCCAUUAAGUCUCGUGGACUUGCACCAUCCGAGCCCCUCGUAUCGCGAAGACAAUGUGUUAUUUCUUCCAAUUUUUACACAGUUUCUGCGAGUAAACGGUUUAUCGAGAUAUGUUCCGAGUAUAUAUAAAAAUUUAUAAUUGUUGAACGUGCAUAUACUGAGUGAGGUAGUAAUCAGCUAGUGGUUUGGUAUUAAAGAAGAUGGCGUAGGAUGAAAAUAGUUGCAUUUAAGACGGAGGCGCAAAUGUAAGGAUUUCGAGGCGUAAAGCAGUACAAUCACAAAUCAGGGUAGUUGAUUUUUUAACUAACUUAUCAUUCGUAUUCAGAGAAUUUCCUAAUAUAAGUCUUCUGAUUACUUGGAGUGAGUGGAAUUUUGAAGAGAAUUUUUAUUAUUACAUCUAUAUGUUUUAAUUUAUAUAAAACCUUAUGAAAAUAGAUCUUAGUAGAUUAAGCUACGAUAGGCACGUGAAAACGUGACCUAACGUGGCAGUGUUGGUGUCCAUGUGUGAUCGUGUCUUUCAGAAAUCAUCAUUGCAAAAUAUGGUCACGUACUUAUUCAUCUAUUUUGUAACUCAUACGCGUGACAUUUUACCUCGACAAUUGUACUUGAACAUUUCUGCGAGCAAGUAAAUGUUUCAUGUUUUGCUGAACUGAGCUCUUGUUACAUGCAUUCUUUCUUUGUUAAGCCUCAACUGAUAGGGUGCAAUACUUGUUACAUGCAUAGAUAAUUUAAUAUUAAAUUUUACAGUAUUCGUUUGCAGUUCGUCCAAAGUUUAUCGAACUGAAGAUAAAGUACACGUUUCAAGUUGACAAUUACAUAUAGUUGUAAGCCAUUUUUGCGUCUCCCUGUCGGUCAAGGUUUAAGAAAGCUCAGAUUUUUCAGCAUUGCUAUGAACUCCGCCCCACCGUUUCGUCAGAAACAUAAGAAAUAAUGGCUCCCCAUCUGGGAUCAGAGCUGUAGACGGCAGGUGUUCUUUUCGCAGUUUCAAUUAUUACUUCUCGGUGGGGUCGAAGUCAAAUGCAAACUGACUGAACGACCGAGUGGGACGGGGGUCAGGAAAAUAUCUUGAGCCGUGGGGUGAUAAAAGUUGGUUUCAUCGGCAACGCAAGGCGGCGAGAGGUGCAACGGGUUGCACUUAAGUUCGGCGAGAAAUUUCCUUUAUGGAAGUUCGAUCGUAGUUUCUGACCAACCCCCGUCGGUUAUUAGCCAGGCUAUUUAUACACACUGGUGUUAUUGUUUACGAAUACGUCUGCUUUUAAGCCCGCCAGCUUCGCGUUCCCGCAGCGAAACUUAUUUUUACGGCGAAAGUUCGCCUGGAUUCUUGAGAAUCGCCGCUUUUACGGAUCGUGUAUGUGCCACGAUCAUUGUACGACGGAAUUACCUUCCGAUUAUUACCGAAGAGCUUUUAUAAAGUGCUACACGUACGGUGAACGUUUCUAUGUAUCUACGUAAGAUGAAUUUGUCGACAAAUAAAGAAGAAAAUUGUAAAAACGA